UUUGUGAAUGGAUGAUUGUGCACAAAAUCGUCCAAUGAAAAAGUUUAAUUUCUUGAAUUUUUAUUUAUUUAUUUAUUUAUUGUCCAGAUUUUCUAUGAACUGUCAACUUAAUGCUAGAAUUGAUAUUGAUCUAGAACUUGGAGAAGUGCCAAUCAUGUUUAAUUUCUUGAAUUUUUAUAUAUUUUUUAUUUAUUAUUAUUUUUUAAAUAAAAAUAAAAUAGCAUGGGCCCAAAAUAGUCGGGCUUCCUUAUUAGUAAUAAAUAGACUGUUGGCCCGAAUGGCUUGAAUAAAAACAGCAAAAUAAGUCUAGCGUGUGGGACCGAUUCUAUAGUGAUCGUACUCAGAAACGAUUUCAGGACGAUUAGGUAUCUUUGUUUGUUUAUGGAACUUAUGGAGUUAGGGUAGGUUCCUAAUACUAUUGGGUUUAGGAUUUGUUUAUAUAGGUUUCCUUAAUACUCGUUUCCGGAUGCAAUUAGUUUCGUUAGGGCGGUAGGGUUCCUUCUUAUAAAUACAUGUAGUGCUAUAUCAUAUUUGCUCUGUAAUUUUCUCACUUCUGUGGUUUGAAUAGCUUUCAGUCCGUAUAUCUCACAACUCUCUCUUUCACUAGGGUUAGAAAUUCAUCAUGUCAACUUCAAAGCCAAUUGUGUUGAGAAGCUCAGAUGGUGAGACCUUCGAGGUGGAAGAGGCCGUGGCAUUGGAGUCACAGACCCUCAAACACAUGAUUGAAGAUGAUUGUGCCGAUUCCAUCAUUCCUCUUCCGAAUGUAACCGGCAACAUCUUGUCCAAAAUCAUCGAGUACUGCAAAAAGCAUGUCGAGACCCCCAAGUCCAAAGACAAUACUUCCAACGAUGCUAUCAAAAACUUUGACACCAACUUCGUCGAAGUCGACCAGGCGAUGCUCUUCAAUCUCAUCUUGGCUGCAAAUUAUUUGAACAUCAAGAGCUUGUUAGAUUUGAUAUGUCAAAAAGUGGCGGACAUGAUCAAAGGAAAGACUCCAGAGGAGAUUCGCAGCACUUUCAACAUUAAGAAUGACUUCACUCCAGAAGAAGAAGAGGAGAUCCAUAAGAAGAAUGCAUGGGCGUUUGAGUAAAACUUGAAGUUGCAAUUAUACAAAUAUCAAUACCCAUGUUAAGAUUACUAUAUUAUGUCAUUCAUGUUAAGAUUGUUAAGAUUACUAUAUUAUAA